UAUCAAACUUUGUUCAAAGUAAGCUUUGAAUUUUGGUUUCCUUCGAUAUGAUUGUGAAGACAUUUGAAGACAUUUUUCGUAUAAUGUGAAGACAUUUGAAAAAAUCACCUGGCAUCCCUGCUUGCAUAUCACAUGAUUGUUCCACCUGGUUUAUAUAUACAAACAUACCUUGUGCUUGUUUACUGUCAGUGUUCAAUGGUAAUGUUUAAUGGUCUCAGGUUUAUUGAAGCAAUGACUUUUAAAAUAUAUAUUUGAGUGCAAAUAACAAUGAACAAAACCAACUGUGAAAUAACUAGUGGGCCGAAUAUUGUUAUGGAGGCUCCAAAAUCGAAACUCUUUGCUCAAACUAUUGUGGACAUUAAGGAUGACUUCGAAGAUAAAUAUGAGAAGGCUUAUCGAUCAUACGAAAAGACUAUUUUGAAUGCGAAUGAUAAAGAAUUACAACACCUGCUAUCAGCAACUUUAUGUAAAGAGAAACAACAUGAAGAGAUAUGCUUAGCGCUGAUGUACACGAUUUUGACAGAUCCAAGCGCUGCAGAGAAAGCAUAUUGUGAUCUCACGUUAUUUACCCACGAUGGUCUUUUGUUUGUAACGAACAAUUUGGCAAUGCUCGUUGCUGAAAAAUAUCAUCGGCUGAAUGAUGUUUCACGAAAGCAGUUAUUAUGGUUUCUUAGAGAACUAAUUAAAAAUCAAGUGAUGAAUGUUGAUAAUCUUGUGUGGAACAUAUUACGACAAGCUAGCGGUGGAGAUAUAAGCCCAAGAAAUAUAGCCUUAGUAGAAGGUCUUUUGGAUAUAUUUAUCGAAUAUCGCUUAUGGUUGGAAAAAGACCAGUUUUUAGUCGGCACCGUAGUCUAUACGUUUUUGAGGUAACUAAUGAGAAAGUAUAUAUUUUAGUAUGAAUAGUUUUAGAGAUUUUCUAUCAAUUCCCAUUCUUGUUGAAUCGUGUUAUUAGUAUUAUCAGAAAACGACACAUUUCGACAGCAACCGUUGAAACAUAAAGAAAAUAAUAGUGAUAACUAAGUCACAUUUCAUAGUGUAUGAAAAUCUGUGACCGGAAAAAAUCUAGAAGAAAGUAAGAGCAUCAGAAAUAACCGCAGAGAAAAAACAGCCCACCAGAAAUAUUCAAUCCGAGUCGAUCGCCGACCCACAAGAAAAUCAGUAUUCCAUUGAUUGCCGGUUAACCUAAAACAUAGGAUAUUAUCCUACACUAAGGUCCGACUGAGCUUUAGCAAGCUUCGGACGACAUACGGUCCGCCCUGGUUGUGACACCAGGGACACUCUACCGCCUAGUUGCCUAUCUCUUCCUAUAUAGGAAAUUGGUAUAUACUCGGAUGAUGCAAACAUCAUAGUUAUCAGUGGGUGCAAAAAUUAUAUAAGUGCCUACAUCUCAGCUGACGCAACUGUCAGUAGGGUUCAAAACCAAUCAAACCACCUACAUCUAAGCUGUUUUGGUGCUAGAGAUGUUGGCAUCAAAAACAUGACUGCCUAGAAGGUAUAUUAUUGUUUCGAAAAUAUUCAUGAUUUUUGAUGAACGUCGUCAGCGAUUGGUGGUAUUGUUCAGAGACAAGCUUUACUAUGGAAAAGUUCGCCUAAAACAGCGGUAAUCCACCUUUUUCAGACGGGCCGCAAACACGUGUUAGUGUUAGACACAAAGAAAAUAAAGAUGGGACCAAGACACGAUCGCAUUGUUAACAUAGAACUACGAAAUUAUUGCUUAUUAUUGCAAACAUUGAAGUGGUUCAAUGAUAAAACUUUGAUACAAAUAUUGGGUAGGGGAAAAAGAAAUAUCGUAUAUUGUCAAUAUAUGGUAACACUUAAACAUAUCUUGGGUUGUACUUAUCGCAUCGGGUCAUACUAUAUGGCUAUUUUGCCUUCUAUAUGGCAACAAGUUUGCGAACAAAACGGCGCGUAUUUGACUUAAAUUGGAUAAUUUUAAGUAUGUUAAAAAAGCGACGACAUUUCUUUUUCCCCAAUCCUAUAUUUGAUAGCAAUGCGUUAACGUUUCGCAAGCAAUUUAAGUAGAUUGUAGAAUUAAUACUACAUUAAUACUACUUUUUCUCCGACACUACAGUCGUAGAAAAAAGAGAGAAUCGAGACGCUCAUUCUACCGUUUUGUUUUGUUCUCUAAAUCGUUUGUAGUAUGACAGUAGCUCACUAGCUGAAAAGUUUUUGAUCGCGUGUGAACUAUGACAUGAUACUUUUGAUAUACGUGAACGUCAUCAAAAAUGUGGACUGUUUACAACUCUGGUUUUAUGAAUAUAGUUUGAGCAACCACCAAAACUGAAAGCAGAAGUAAAGAACUGACUUUUCGCAGUUCCAUUUUUGUUGAAGAACUGGUGCUAUAUUCACUCAAUCAACGGUUUACAAAGCCAGUUAUCAUUUCUAAACCCAUAAAAUUUAGUUCGCUGUUGUUCUUUGUUCACCCUUUUUGGAAUGAACUUCAAAACUUCAAGGUAAGUUUAAUGAAAUGCGCUCUAUAACAAUACCAAUUCGAACAAACGUUGAAUAAACUAUCAAACUUAGUUCAAAGUAAGCUUUGAAUUUUGG